GCACGGGACGAGGGCCGAGGUCCUCGAGCCAGCUCCCAAGGCCUCGAGGAGGUCGACGACAGAGGAUCAGCAGGUGCCGAGCAACUUGAGCGAUUCGCGGCCACCGCCGCUGUCAAAGACCGCAACGACGCUUGCUGGCAGCUGCGCAGGGACCGCAACGACGCAAUGGAACGAGGCCCUCGGCCGCUCCGAGACGCCCACGACGGCACCGCCGCUGUCGAGGCGGCCGUCCGCGCGGUCCUCGUCCUGGCAGACCUCGCGGCCGUCCAGCGGGCUCGGGUCGCGCCCGCCUUCCGGCGGGGCGCCGGGGUCGCGCUCGGCGCACUCGAGGGCGCGCGCGGACAUGCUGCAGCGCACUGCCGAGGUGCUGCGCGAUGCGCCGGCCUCCCCCCCGCUGGCGGCGGUGACGGCGGGCGGCACGGCGCCGCUGGCCGCCGCUGCGUCGUGAGGCUUUGCUCGGAGGGGGGCCCGUCGAGACAGCGGCUGGCCCGGGAAGCAGAAGCGGGGGCAAGGCCGAGUCCAAGCUCGG